AGGUUGGUAAACGCUCUGUGGACGUCAUCUAGAUGCGUCAGAGGACCCAUUUCAACUCACAUGUACGCCCACUGUGUGCGUGCCUGAGCUACAGUAGCUUUGACAACCUGUACUGCACUAGUCUGUCUAUUUUAUUGUGAUUACUCGAUUAAACCACACGGUUUUCUCCAGAAUGAGUGCUCAGAUUACCUGUGUGGGCUGGGUUGGGAGAGGCGUUGCCAAGGAAACACCAGACAAAGUUGAGUUGAGCCAAGAGGAGCUACAGCGCAUUAUUACUGACGCAAGACAGGAGCUGGGGGCACUAGCAGCCGAGGAUGAAGAAGAUGUUGAUGAAGGUAUAGCCUGCGAGGAGACUGAUAUUAAUACAGCGGAUGUUCCUGGAGUUCCAAAGGAUGAGAAUGAAGAAGGGAAGGAGGAAGAUGACGAGCUAGCAGAGUACGGCCUGGAUAGAUACGAUGAAGAGGAUGCAGUGACCGCUAGUCUCGGCGACAGUCUGGCUGGACUCACGGUGUUCAGCUCUAAUGAGGAGGAUCCUUACAUCACCAUCAAAGACACAGACCAGUAUGAACGAGAAGACUUCCAAAUCAAGCCCGGUGACAAUCUCAUCCUGUCAGGCAGGGCAGAGAAAGACAUCUGCAAUCUGGAGAUCCACGUUUAUAACUCUGAGGAGGACUCUCUGUAUGUUCAUCAUGAUAUUCUGCUGCCAGCUUACCCGCUGUGUGUGGAGUGGUUGAACUUUGACCCCAGUCCUGGAGAAGGACCCGGUAACUACGCCGCUGUGGGCAACAUGACUCCUCAGAUAGAUGUGUGGGACCUGGAUGUGGUGGACUGCUUAGAGCCAGCCUUCUCCCUGGGGAACAAAAAGGCCUCCAAGAAGAAAAAGAAGAGCAAGAAGGGGGCAGCAGCAGAGCCUGUCGAGGGACACACAGAUGCAGUGCUGGAUUUAUCCUGGAACAAACUGGUCAGGAACGUGUUGGCCAGUGGAUCAGCAGAUGACACCGUUAUCUUGUGGGAUCUUGCUCAAGGCAAACCAGCCACCACUCUGCGCAGGCACACUGACAAGGUUCAGACGGUAUCAUUCCACCCAUUUGAGGCUCAGACUCUGAUAUCAGGAUCAUAUGAUAAGACAGUGGUCCUGUAUGACUGCCGUAGUCCGGACAACACCAACCGGACCUGGAGGUUUAGUGGUCAGGUGGAGCGUCUGACCUGGGACCACUUUUCACCCUGCAACUUCCUGGCCAGCACAGAGGAUGGAUUCGUCUACUGUCUGGAUGCACGCUCGGAUAAACCUGUUUUCACGCUGAGGGCUCAUGACGGAGAAGUGUCAGGUUUGGACCUCAGCAGCCAGGUUAAAGGAUGCCUCGUCACCUCAUCAUCUGACAAACACGUUAAGAUUUGGGACAUUUUGGGCAACAAGCCCAACCUGGUGCACACACGGGAUAUGAAAAUGGGUGUUCUGUUCUGUGCGUCAUGUUGCCCUGACCAGCCCUUCGCCUACGCCUUCGGAGGACAGAAGGAUGGCUUGCGGGUUUGGGACAUAAGUGAUGUUGCAGCAGUGGCUGAGGUCUUUGGCAAGCGAGAGCGCUUGGUGCCGAACACGGGAUCACAGGUGUCCAGCACUGCAGCCGCAGCAGACAUGGAAGUCUCAGAGUGAUGCUCGGGACGCAUCAACAACCUGUAAACACGAAUAAAACUGAGCAUCCCUGGAAACAUCAAGCUGCUCCGCUUGUUGCUGUGUUCCUCAUAGUGCAGUAGUUCAUGGGGAAAGGAUUGGAAUAAACAAAGCUGCAUUCCUGAAGGAUUUGAAAGGUUGGCCAGAAUGCAAACUGGACCUGAAACACCUGAAAAACAUGUUCAGCUUGUCUCUCUGCGCAGAUAACAACUGCAGCUUUGCGCACUCACAGAUGUGUUAAGAAAAGACAAGACCUUUCUUUCUUACGUUCACAUUAGUGAAUAUUUCCAAGAGUUUAUUGAGGCUUUUUAGGUGGAAGCAGCGAUUCAAAUAUUUGAAUUAUUCUGUUGGAAUUGUUUAUGAUACUUUGAGAUCCCUUUCAGUUAAACUUUCCCUGUACAUUUACAAAUGUAAUAUGCUACUAAAACUAUUUUCACAUGAAUAUGUGUCAUUUACAUUGUGAUAUUGCAUAACUGGGUUUCCUGGUAAUAAUAAAGCCUGUGUACUCACAUCUGGCCAAAGUAUUGAAAAAUAAUACUCAUUAAAAUGAUGUAUAUUCAAUAAAUAAAUACAGUUUAUAAAAAAAAAAA